CUUUGUCACAGCCUUUGUCACCACCGUCCAGCUGCUCUAACGCCUAACACAGCAUGUUCUCCCCUCCAGCGCCCAUGAUGCGUCAAUACUGUGAACGUAACGAGCUUGGAACAGGGCCCGUCUUGGAUGAAGACGAGGGAGAGGAGGUACUCUUGCGCAACGAGGAAGUGACCCUAGCUUUCUCGCCGGAAAGCCCCGAGGGCCUGGGCAGUCUCACUGUCACCACCACACGAGUGGUGUGGCUAAGCAGCGAAGACCAGUCGAAGGCAUUCGACUUCGACGUGGCGUAUAUCUGUCUUCACGCCAUAUCCAAGGACCCCGGAACGUUCCCGAACCCAUGUAUUUACUGUCAGCUGGCGGUGGAAGAAGAAGACGUUCUGAAAGAGGCGUUUUUUGCUCCAAGCGACGGGGAAGCGGCGACCCUCCAGGCGCUUUUCGAGGCCUUCUCCAAGGCGGCGGAAUUGAAUCCAGAGCCAGGGGAUGAGGGGGCAGGGGCAGGCGAGGAGGAGGAGCUGGGGGGGGGCGGGGGGGGGCUGGUGUUCGACCACGGCAGGUGCGAGAGAGUGCUAGCGCAUCUGGACUCCGUUCUGGUCGUACCGGAGGGAAUGGAGGCUGCAAAUGGUCAGUUCGAUGAUGCAGACGGGCCGCCGGAAGACGGGGAGGGCGACCUUGCAAACGGGCACGGUGCAGCCGCGAACGGGCACGCCCCGAGUUCAUGAGGCGUGACCGCGCUGUUGUCUGGACGUUUGCACGUAUUUGGGUCGCUGGAGCACGUAUCUGGCUUGCCCCAGUAGCAGAGCAGCUGCAGAGGAAGGACGGAGCAAGACGCGGCUACUGCGUUGUGCUCUGACGUAUUUACGCAUCUGAUUCUCUGGACUUACGUAUCUCGUGCCCUGGACGUGACGCAUUCGAUUGUCUAGGCGUGCGUGUGUGGUUGCGCCCCAGCAGCAGAGCAGCUGUAGAGCAAGGACGGAGCAAGAGGUGGCUGCUGCGCUGUGCUCUGGACGUACGUAUCUGGGUCUGUGGACGUACGUAUGUGGUUUUUCGCGCCAGCAGCAGAGCAGCUGUAGAGGAAGGACGGGGCAACAAAUGCUGUGCGUGUUCUCUGGACGUACGUAUCUGGCCUGCCCCCAGCGGCAGAGCAGCUGUAGAGGAAGUGGACGCAGCAACAGGUGGCCAAUGCGCUGUGCUCGGGGCGUACGUGCUUCACUUGCGUCCCAGCGGCAGAGCAGCUGCAGGAGAAGGAGCCGCUAAGGGGUGGCCACUGCGCUGUGCUCUGAAAGUACGUGUCUAGCUUGCGCCCCAGCAGCAGAGCAGCUGUAGAGGAAGGACGGAGCAAAGAGCAAGCGAGUGCGU